CGCUUGCGUUCAGACUUCUUUGAGACUUCGCUCAAGAAGGUCGUGUGCGCGCUCGCCACUGAGAAAAAGUAAACGACAACAAAAAAAAAGCUUAAUCAAAAAGCUCGUUUCGUAUCGCACGCUCGUUCGGUUCGACGUUUCGCAACACGCGCGCAAAUCCCAAAAAACAUAAACAACAAUUAAGCGAAAAGCAGUAAGCACACAAUUGGAUUAAUUCUGCAAAUAGUAAACAAAAAACUUGGGCAAUUAAGGAAGUAAUUUGUGGCCAAAGUUGUUGCUGUUGUUGUCGUCGUCGUCGUUGCAAGAUCAUCAGCCAGCAGCCGUCAUGAAUGCAACCACAUGAAACGUCGGCUGUUGAAGCGUCAACAGCAAUUGCCAUAAUUGCCAUUGGAGCAGCAAAACAUACACCAAACACACACUUACACACACAUACACAAGCACACACUCACACACCUUCACAGACAUCCCAGAGCUGCAGGCAAGGAGUCCAAUAACCGCACCACAAGCUAAAACUCGCCACACGAGAUAUUCGCGGCAGGCACAAAAUCGAAAACCAAUUGCCAGCAGCAGCGGCUCCUUCAUCCGAAUUGUAACAGCGUCAAGCGUGGAGCGUCGGGCGCCGGAAAAUCCCCAAAGCCAAAAACAAAAAAUAAAUAAAAUAGAAAUAAAAACGCAGCAGCAAACCCGUGGAGUGGGGAUCAAUGAACGCGGCACGCAGCAGCUGCCAGCAACAACAACAACAACAACAACAGCAGAAGAAAAGCGAAACGGGCCAGCAAUUGGCUUGGCAACGUUCAAGUUCAAAAUCGCCAUAACAACAACAACAGCAACAACAACGAUUGCAACUGCAACAAGCAGGAAGUUGCACAGCUGCACCUUAAUUGGGCGCAGUGUCAUUAGCACCACAUCCACAGACACAACCACACACGCUCAUCCCCGCUCAAUGUAAAAUGUUAGUGACCAACAAGAGCCACCACAACAGCAACAACAGCAACAAGAACAGGAGCAGUAGUUGCCACUGCAAUUGGUCCCGUCUGAAGCUCAGUCUGCUGCUCAUUAGCUGCCUGCUCUAUGAUGUCCAGGUUGAAGCCUUGGCGCCCAGCUCAACGGUAUCGUCCGCCCUGUUAACGGGCCAACAGCUGGCGCCAUGGCAAACCACAGCCGCCUUUGCCACCCAGACGGCAGCUGCCACAGCGGCGCCCACAGCGCGUAAUCUGUAUGCGCCGUAUCAGACCUUUAGCCAGCAGGAUGAUGUCAGCUUUAAGGAUGUGCGCCAGCGCAACGAUGGCAGCCUGGUUCAAUCCUUUGGUUCCUAUCGCACGGCGCGUCAAUCGACGGCUGGUGCCGCACAGCGUCGCUCCGAUGUUGAGAUCAUUCCGGCGCCCAGCGUGGAGCUGCCCCAAAGCGAGCUGAUAACCAUACCCAAGCAGUUGGUGCCCACGUUGCCGGAGAAUGUGACGCGUCAGGGACGCAAACGCAACUAUAUGUACAUACCGCUGCAGCCGGAGGCGGAUACAAGCGCUGCCGCAUCGCUACUCCAGCUGCGACCCAGUCGCAAUGCCACGCUGUCCGCGCUGGGGCCACCAGCCGAAGGCAUUGCCGCAGUGGCACAUGAAUUUGGCGCCGAGCUGGCAGAUCAGGCAGAGCAGCAACAACAACAGCAAACCCCACCGGAACGCACCGAGCGCAGCGAUUUGGUGGCUGCGGCCAGCUCCACGGACAAGCUGGAGUAUGCGGAGCCGGAGCAUACCAGCCGGCGGGUGGGCUUUCAGUUUCCCAGCUACAGUCUGAAACCGUCCAAUCCGUUUUACCCGCAGGCCUAUCGCGAGGACAGCCCCAUCUUCGAGGAGAAUAUCGGGGGCGGCGGCUACGAUCCGCAGCCCUACAGCGACGAUGCCGCGCCCACACAAUACGAGACGCACGAGACGCGCCACACGCGUCAAUUGUACUUCGACUCGGAUGUCUCGCCGUCCAGCUUUGAGUUUCCCGGUUUGGUGGCCAACUCCAAGCCGCACACACUGAAUGCAGCUGUGGCGGCGGGUAAACAUUAUCGCGAUGAUGUCACCAAAUUUGGCGAUAUCAAUGGACCCAUCACCGCAGUGCCGGGCCGUUUGCAGCGCGGCCUUUACUUUGGCGAUACGGAAUUCCGCACCGGACCCAGUCCCAUGCGGCAGUUUGGGCCGCAGAAGGCGUUCAAUGAGUAUGUGGCAUCCGGUGACUAUCAGAGUUCACGCAAGAGUCGUUAUUUCCCAUACAAAUCUUCACGCAGUCCCAGAGUUGUGUUCCCCAGCAAUGAUAAUGUCGGCACCACCGGGCCGAGUGGCUCCAGCGCACCAUCCGGUACGGGAGUCUACUUUAGUGACAAUAUUGCUUUCAGAGAUCAAAACUUUGGCAUUAACGAACUGGCAGCCGUUCAGGAUGUGCGCAACGAUUUUAGUCUACAAGAUUUGGAUAGCGCAGCUGAGGCCACCAGCAGCCCCCAAUCGGCUAGCACAUUCAAGGAGAAAGUCGACACCACAACGGACAUGGAGUGCCAGCAUCGCGGCGGUACUUGCGAGUUCUUUUUAGGCUGCUGGAUAUCCGGCGGCCUCAUACAGGGCACCUGCAAUGGAUUGCUGCGCGGCUGUUGCCAUCGCACGGCCAAAUCGGCCAAUUUGCGCAGCUCGGACUAUGUGGGCAAUACGGUCGAUCUGACCGAUCUACCGCAAAAGAACUUUGGACCGGUCAACAACGAACCCAGUUGCGGCAUUUCGCUGGCUAAGCAGACCGCACAGCGUCGCAUUGUGGGCGGCGAUGAUGCCGGUUUUGGCUCCUUUCCCUGGCAAGCCUACAUACGCAUCGGCUCAUCAAGAUGCGGAGGCUCGCUGAUCUCGCGUCGUCAUGUGGUCACCGCCGGUCAUUGUGUGGCACGUGCCACGCCCCGUCAGGUGCACGUCACGCUGGGCGAUUAUGUCAUCAACUCUGCCGUUGAACCGCUACCAGCCUACACCUUUGGCGUACGACGCAUCGAUGUGCAUCCAUAUUUCAAGUUUACGCCGCAAGCGGAUCGCUUUGAUGUCUCCGUUCUGACGCUGGAGCGGACCGUGCACUUCAUGCCGCAUAUAGCGCCCAUCUGCCUACCCGAGAAGAACGAGGACUUUUUGGGCAAGUUUGGGUGGGCUGCCGGCUGGGGCGCCCUGAAUCCCGGCUCUCGACUACGUCCGAAGACACUUCAAGCUGUCGAUGUCCCUGUGAUUGAGAAUCGCAUCUGCGAGCGCUGGCAUCGCCAGAACGGCAUCAAUGUGGUCAUCUAUCAGGAGAUGCUCUGUGCCGGCUAUCGCAAUGGCGGCAAAGACUCGUGCCAGGGCGACUCGGGCGGUCCGCUGAUGCAUGAAAAAAAUGGCCGCUGGUAUUUGAUAGGUGUUGUUUCGGCGGGCUACUCCUGCGCCUCGCGUGGUCAGCCGGGCAUUUAUCAUCGUCUGGCCUAUACGGUGGACUGGAUAUCCUAUGUGGUUGGUCUGACAGCCAACAUUUAAGCUAUGCAACUUGUGUCUUAUUUAUUCUUAAGCCCAGCUUCAACUCCAGCUUGCAGCAAGCCCGCAAACAUUUUGUACAUAAUUCACUUCUACAGCUACGGCUUCUAUCGAGACUUUCGCAUUCUUUUUAUCUUAUUUAUGCAUAUUUUUAAUAAUUUUCAACAAAUUUCGCGCAGCGCCCCACAAACAAAAAUUCUAUUAUAAUAAAAGAAGAAGAGGAUACUGCGUAUAUUAGAACUUAGUAGCUACAAGAUAUCGGUUGGAAUAUCUAUGGGGAUAUCAUUUGGGAUAUCUGUUAAGCGAUUUUCAAACUAAACUUUAAAUUAAUUAUUAAUUAAUUUACUUAGUCAUAUGCGCUGUUACGUAAUUUUAAACUAUUUAUGAA